GUACCACCACUAACGCACCCCGCUCAAUGGCCCCGCGCCCCGCGCCCCCGUCCUCCGCUAACUCGUUCUACCCACCUAACGAUGCCGCGACGUAUCGCGACCUGCUGCUCUUCGAGGAGCGUCUCAAGUCGAACGCGGCGUCGCUGAACCGCCGGAAACGCCGCUACCAACUGUUCCUCGUGCAGCUACUGCUCAUUAUUGCGUUUCUGCUGUGCGAGGUCCUGCUGCAGACGAACCUCCUGGGCGUGCCGUAUACAUGGCUCCUCAGGCGCGCGCUGCCGGAUCUAUAUACGCAGACGGCGGUCGUGCGCGUGCACCCGUACUUUGCGUCCGGGCUGCUGUUUGUGGCGGUCACGACGCUCGUGCUGUUCUUUGCGACCGGGUUGUACUCGGAGAAGAUCGGGUAUGCGAACAAGUACGUCCCACAUGCGAACCGCGCCCUGCGCAACUUCAACAUGUACCUCAACAUGCGCCAGCCGCCGCUGCGCUCCAAGCUCCCCUUCAACCCCUUCGCCUUCCUCUUCGCGCGCCCAACGCCCUCCAUGCCUACAUCCCCCACCUCCUCUUCCUCGGCUGCGGGCACGAAACGCACGCGCAGCCCGUCCCCAUCUCGUCCUGCGCGCCGCGCCUCCUCAGUGCCCAUCCCGCCAAUCCCGCCCGCCGCAAACCCGCGCGGCGAGCUCAUCUUCUCCUCUCGCGUCGACCGCUCCUUCCGCGACGCUUACGACCGCUACCGCGCACAGUUCGAGCGGCGGCGGGCCGAGCGCGAGCGCGCGGCGAGGGCCCAGACAUGGCCGCGCUCGAUGCUCCUGCGCUUGCCCUUUUCCUACCUCUUGCCGCGGGGAGAUGGCGCAACGGGUGGGGCAGCGGGAUCAGGCGCGGCGACGCCGGUGAGUGCGGGGGCUGGAACCGAGCGGGAGAAGGAGAAGCGGUGGAGUGGGAGCCAGGGGUCGGUGAGAGGGCGGGGGCAGGGGAGUGUGGGCGGCACGCCCUCGGGGUCGCGCAAGUCGAGUCCGGUACCAGGCCGACCGACAACGCGCAAGAGUUCUGGUGUACUGUCACAACCACCACAGCAGCAGCAUCCGCUGGCAGCUGAACCCGCGGUAGGAUCGUAGCGGUGAGGAAAUGUCUUGAGACUGGACUGGGGACGCUGGAUGCGCGCGAUUGUACAGUAUAAUUCGGCAGACUGAUAUCUCAUGGACUGCGUUCUUG